AUGAGUGAAGGAAACACAUAUCAAUUUAAAAUAGUUUUACUAGGAGAUAGUAGUGUUGGUAAAUCUAGUAUUGUCCUAAGGGUAUGUAAAGAUGAAUAUAAAGAAUUCCAAGAAAAUACUAUUGGUGCAGCGUUUUUAACAAAAACUCUUAUUGUUGAUGGAGAUACUAUAAAAUUUGAAAUUUGGGAUACUGCUGGACAAGAAAGAUAUCAUUCACUAACUCCAAUGUAUUAUCGUGGAAGUAAUGCUGCAUUAGUUGUUUAUGAUAUUACUUCAGAUUCUUCUUUUACUCAAGCAAAAAAAUGGAUAGAUGAAUUAAGGGGAUCAGGUAAUGAAGCUAUUAUCUUCUUAGUGGGUAAUAAAUGUGAUUUGGCUGAUUCUCGUGUUAUUACAAAAGAAGAAGCAGAAGGUUAUGCUCGUAGUUUAUCUAUAGAUUACAUUGAAACAUCAGCAAAAGCAAAUAUUAAUGUUAAUGAACUAUUUGAUCAAAUCGCAAGAAAAUUACCAAGAAAUGAAAAAGGUUUGAUUGAUCCAGAUGAGGUUCUUAUUUCAAACAAUAAAACUGAUAACAAAAAAGGCUGUUGCUGA